AUGAUUGGUGCAGAGAAACGAGCAUAUAUUCGACGAAUCUAUUGCAGUUUUAAGGGAGAUCAGAGGGCGGAGGCUUUUCAAUUGCUUGGCGAGUGUAAAGCGCUGAAACAUCUUGGAAUAGAAGUUAAUAGGAAGACAAUGUGUGGAAGUAAAAAACCGCAAGAGGAUCUCAUGACCGCAAAAGGUGUUGGUGCAUUGAGAAAAAUACGAGGAAUGGAGAAUUUGGUGAUAGAUGUGGUGGAUUCCGUCAACUUUAACACACGACAUCACGAGCAAUUCUCAGGACCAACACCUAAGCUUUAUUUCAAGCCGGAAGAUGUUCAAGCAUUUGAGAGGUUAUUGACGGAAGAGAUGAAUAUGAAAGAGGAGGCUCCAAAGCAGGUUCUAGAUACAUCAUCGAAAAAGGAUGCGCUAAAGCCAGAGUCCAAGAGCUCGAACCCUACGAAGGUCUCGAAAACUCAAACCGUAAAUUCUAGCAAGGUUAAGAAGUCGAGAAUCUCAUCCACGAAGAAGUGA